CGGUCCAGGCUCAUGAUAUUUGCUUCACCAUGGUCAACCAGAAGGGCAACAAAUAUGGCAACUGUGGGCGGCUUUCCGAUGGCACUUUCAUCAGCUGCGCCAAGGGGGACGCCAAGUGCGGCAAGAUUCAGUGCCAGGGCGGUAACGAUCGGCCCAUCCUGGGCUCGAACGCGGAAAUCUUGGUGACGAACAUCAAGCUGGGGCCGCAGGAGUACAGCUGCCGGGGAACCUUCUUCAACUUUGGUGAAGACAUCGCCGAUCCCGCACUGGUGAUGCCGGGCACGGUCUGUGGGCACCGCAAGGCUUGCAUCAACCGAACGUGCCAGGAUAUCUCCAUGUUUCACGUUGAGGAAUGUCUACAGAAAUGUAACAGUCACGGGGUCUGUAACAGCAACGAGAACUGUCACUGUGAUGUGGGAUGGGCCCCCCCCCAUUGUAAGGACACUGGCUACGGAGGCAGCAUAGACAGUGGCCCAGUGCAGGACGUCCGAGGCCAAAGCACACUGUUAGCUGCCCUGCUCGUGCCCCUGCUGUUGUUUCUCUUGGUCGGAUUCGCCCUCUGCUACCGGAAACGGGAAUCGCUAAGGGCAGAGCUGCGCAAACUGGGCAAGGCGAGCCCCCCCCGUCACAGAUUUUGUAUGCUCAGAGAGCACUGCUGCCAGGAUAGCUUCUGCCCCCUGCUGUCCGGGGCUGCACACUUCCCCGGCCGACAAAUCAAUUCAGCAAACACGCAUUCCUUUGUGAACGAGACUGUCCACAGGGUUUAA